AUGGCGGAGGGUCUUGGAGCUCUGUUAGAGGCAAGCUUGGACCCCAGGAGGAACAAGGAAGCCGAGACCACCCUUCGUCAGGAAGAACAGAAACCUGGAUUCUCGCUACAGCUUCUUCACAUCACCGCAUCGGAUGCCACGCCCUACAACACACGCCUUGCUAGCGCCCUUUGCUUCAAGAACUUCAUCAAGCGCAACUGGACCGACGAGGACGGAAACCACAAGCUGCAGAGCGAGGAGGUUGAGACCCUCAAGCGCGAAUUGAUCACCUUGAUGAUCUCGGUUCCUGCAGGUAUUCAAAGCCAGCUGGGUGAGGCCAUCAGUGUGAUCGCCGACAGUGAUUUCUGGGAGCGGUGGCAGUCUCUUGUGGAUGAUCUCGUUUCCAAGCUGUCGCCGAACAACCCUACCGUCAACAUUGGUGUGCUCCAAGUUGCGCACUCUAUUUUCAAGAGAUGGAGACCUUUGUUCCAGUCCGAUGCGCUUUACACUGAGAUCAACCAUGUGCUUGGCAAGUUUGGCACUCCAUUUCUGGCCUUGUUUGAGGCUCUGGACAAUUACCUCGAGCAAAACAAGUCGAACAAAGAGAACCUCACCCAAGGGUUCGCUCAGCUCAACCUGAUGGUCAAGCUGUUCUACGAUCUCUCCUCCCACGAUCUCCCUCCCAUGUUCGAAGACAACAUCUCUGGAAUCGCUGCGAUUUUCCUCAAGUACCUGACCUACGACAACCAGCUAUUGCACACGGAUGACGAGACCGAGGCUGGUCUCUUGGAAUACGUCCGCGCUGGAAUUUUUGAGGCUUUGACCCUCUACGCGCAGAAGUACAUGGAUGUGUUCCAGCCUCACGUUGAGCAGUUUAUCCAGAGCUCUUGGAGCUUCCUCACAACCAUUGGCCAGGAGACCAAGUACGAUAUCUUGGUCAGCCGAGCUCUCCACUUCUUGAGCUCCGUCGCAAGCAUGCCGGAGCAGUCUCAGGUUUUCGCAGCCGAAGGUGUCCAGGCUGAGAUUGUCGAGAAGGUCAUUUUGCCCAACGUGAGCUUGCGUGAGUCGGACGAGGAGCUGUUCGAGGAUGAGCCCAUUGAAUUCAUUCGUCGGGAUUUGGAAGGAUCCGACAGUGAGACCAGACGACGGGCUGCCACUGACUUCCUCCGACGACUGGCGGAGAAGUUUGAGUCCUCAGUGACUCAGGUUGUCCUUAAGUACACCCAGCACUACCUGGCCGAAUAUGCGAAGGAUUCAUCCAACUGGAAGGCCAAGGACACUGCGACUUACCUUUACUCUGCUAUCGCUGCCAAGGGUACCGCAACCUCCACCCACGGUGUUACUGUCACCAACCCGCUGGUCAGCAUUGCCGAUUACUUCCAGCAGAACCUUGCCGCUGAUCUGAUCUCCGACAAUGGUGUUCAUCCUAUUCUCAAGGUCGAUGCUAUCAAGUAUCUUUACAGCUUCAGAAGCAUUAUCACAAAGGAGCAGUGGCAACAGGUUCUUCCUGUGCUGGUGAACCACUUGGCAUCAUCUAACUUUGUUGUCUACACAUACGCCGCCAUUGCUCUGGAGCGGGUGCUGUUCCUCAGCGAUAGCCAAGGACAGCCCGUGAUUUCACCUGCUGAGAUUACACCGCUGGCCAAGGACCUUCUGGAGCACAUCUUCCAGCUAAUUCAGAAUGAUCCGGCCCCAGAGAAGGUGCAAGAGAACGAGUUCCUGAUGCGUUGUGUUAUGCGUGUCUUGGUUGUUGUUAAGGAGGGUGUCGUUCCUUUCGCGGACGUCAUUCUUCAGCGAUUCAUCAGCAUCACCGAGAUCAUUCGGAAGAACCCUAGCAACCCCCGAUUCUACUACUUCCACUUCGAGGCCAUGGGUGCCUUCAUCCGCUUCGCUGCUCCUGCCAACCCCGACAAGCUCGAACAGGCUCUCUAUGCCCCCUUCGCCAGCAUCCUGCAGGAGGACGUGCAGGAAUUCAUUCCCUACGUUUUCCAGCUCUUCGCGGCCCUUCUCGAGGCCAACUCGUCUGCCACCCUUCCCACCUACUACCAAGAGCUUAUUGGUCCCAUCUUGAUGCCUGUGAUGUGGGACUCCAAGGGAAACAUCCCUGCCUUGGUCCGCCUGCUUUCCUCAGUCAUUCCCCGUGGCUCGCAGUACAUCAUUGAGCACAAUCAGAUUGAGCCUAUUCUUGGUAUCUUCCAGAAGCUGGUUUCUACCAAGGCCAACGAAAGCUUUGGCUUUGACCUAUUGGAGGUAGUCGUUGCAAACUUCCCACCAUCUGCCCUCGAAAACUACUUCAUUAUGAUCAUGCAGAUCAUUCUCCAGCGUUUGCAAGGUUCCAAGACUGAGAAUCUCACCAUGCGUUUUGUUCGUUUCUUCCACUUCAUCUCGGCACAUGACGACAAGGGGUACAGCGCCGACUUCUUCAUCAACGUCACCGACAAAGUGCAAGCUGGACUCUUCAAGCAGGUUUACCUCCACGUCAUUCUGCCUGAAACCCAGAAGCUUGCCCGUCCUCUGGACCGCAAGACUGCCAUUAUCUCCUUCACCAAGACCCUCGCCAACUCCCAUGAGUUCACCACUACCUAUGCUCUGAAGGGAUGGGGACUCACCUGCAUGGCCUUGCUGAAGCUUCUCGAGCUUCCCCCACUGCCCGUCGGCAGAGAUGAUCUGAUCGCCGAUGCCGACAUCGAAGACAUGUCCUUCGGUGUUGGCUUCACCCCCCUCAACACCAUCAAGGCCCAGCAAAAGGACCCCUGGCCCGAGACCGGCGCUGACCUCAAGGCUUGGGUUGGCUCAUACCUGAAGGAGGCCGACGUUAAACACAACGGUCGUGUGUCGCAGUUCGCCCAACAGCGUCUCGAAGACGAGCCCCGUAAGGUGCUGGGAAGCUACAUUUCGUAA